AUGUCGGGAAAAGUCACCUCGUGGCCAGCUAGCGCGGACCUUACGCUCAAGCCGCUGCCCGUGCGCGAUCUGCAUUGGAAGAGGGUUGAAGGUUCCGAGGGCAUCUUACUGAGUUGGAGUGCACCAACUGGCAGUACGCAGGAUGAGUACAAGAUAUCGUACCACGAGGCGGGUCCAUCGCGUGACGACAGCAACACUUUGAGCACCGCUGCCACUGAGAUCACUCUAGACGCGUUGUUGCCCGGACGCAAUUACACCGUCACUGUGAGUACAAGCAUGCUAUGUCAAAUGAUAUUAGUUUCGAUAGUGAAACACAAAAACUUAAAUUUACAAUGA